CACCCUGAACGUCGGCGAUUUGGAAACAGGGACGUUAAUUGCCGUGCAGAUGAUUUCGACUUCGUCUUUUCUAUCUCAAUUCUAUAUCACGAGAGCAAUGUUUCAGCAGUAACUCGUAACACAGUCGAGAUAUUGGAGGUUUUCGAGAAUCUUUUUCCGGUGAAGAACAGUGAAGAGAAUGGCAGAGUCUCACGUUUUGGAGUACGCGACUGCGUUAUCGUGGAAUUCGGAAGCGAGCAACGCGGAAUGUCACUGUGACGCGGAUACGCAUUAUCGAGGCUGCGUAUGUAACGAGGCUAAUUGAGGCGUGAUAACGCCGUCGCGUGCGUAAGCGCGCAUAUAUUCACGCUACCGCACGCUACGCAGAAAGACAAGUCGUCGUGAACUCUGGCGAGACGAAUCCAUCCGGUGCUUUUAAUCCGAUCACGUUCACCCUCCGCCCUACGUCCUCCUUCAACUGGCUCCGCUCGCAACCACGAUGUGGCUCGCGAUUUCAGAAUUUCGUGAAACUCUUGCAACGGCACUUUGGUCGUGGCGCAUCUCACAACGAAAACUAACGACGUAACUGAUGUAAUUCUCAGUAAUCGCCCGACGACAACAAUGCCUCUUCCAAAUAUUUUAAGGAAAGCGAGCAACUAUAUCCUUGGCGAGUGCGGCCAGGACAACCGACGCGUCAUUUAUCAAGACGGUGAGGCAUUGUUCUGCAAAAAUAACGUCUGCGUACACCCUCCUACGUUAAUGAGACAGCAUGCUGACGUGGUGCAUCAUCCUGGAUACAUGACUAUAACUUGCAAGUUGAACAAGAAUUCCAAUUUGCCAACCUUGCACCUAAGCUGGAUACCCAACAGCACAUUGCGCAAACAUCCUACAGCGUUGGAGAAUCUGAGUGGUAGAAACGCUGCCGCGCGUCGGGACGACGAUCCAACCUGCCUGAGUUCCCGUAUCCCGGAGAAUACGUGCAGCGAUUCGCUCAACGUGCGGCGCGAGCUCGAAAACGAGAACGAAAAUGAAAAUAAUACCGAGAACGAUAACGGAAAUGGAAAGCUAGAUGUGUGCUUGGAGGCAAAGGAACCCGUCAAUUGCGGAGACUGCGAACGCGUUUGUUCCAGUUCCGGCUACCGUUACGGCAAUGACUUUCCACGUCACCAAGACUCAAGCACGGUCAAUCGCGAUGGCGAAAAUGCCACCACUAUCGAGAUUGAGAAUCGUCCGAAUGCGGACUCGAGCAACGAGAAGAAUGGGGAUUUAAAAGAGCGGGACUUUAACGAGAUAGACGCGAGGAGCAUCGACGAGGAGCCACGCUUCUUGUACCGCGACGACGUGAGCGUCAAGAGUCGCAGUUUGUCAUUAACGUCAACGUGCAGUUUCUCAAUCUCGGUAUCUACCGAUGCGGAAGAGAUGCCGUCGUGGAUGAGGUCUCCGGAACUCCUAGCGUUACAACACAACCUUGUCUUUCCCGAAAGCGCGACCGCAUCGCCUGUGACGUUGCGUAGAGCACAUCGAUGCAGAAGAUUCUCGGUGGAUCUCAGCGAGAUGCGAUCCUUGCGGCUAUUUUUCGCCGAUCCUGCUUGCACCUGCGGUCAGUUGGUCGUGGCGAGCAGGGAGAGCCAAUACAAGAUCUUGCAUUUCCAUCACGGUGGCUUGGACCGGCUAGCCGCCACCCUACAUCAAUGGCAUCAACUGCUUUAUCCACGCUUAAACACGGACACGGAAGAGACUUUGCCGUACAGACAUUUUAUGGUAUGUCGGCCAGAAGUGAGCCGAGAUGAGCUGCAUCCCGAGGAGGGUCAAGUACCGAUGAUCACGUCGUUAGCUUGGAAAGAUUUAUUGAAUGAACGGGGCCAGAUGGAGGAUGACCUCGCUCUUCGUAAGGGAAUAUUUUUUGGUGGUUUAGAACCAGCGCUACGAAAAAUCGUUUGGCCUUUCCUAUUGCACUGUUACUCUUAUCAGAGUACGUAUGAGGAUAGAGAACAGAUCGACGCCAUUAGACGGCAAGAGUAUGAAGAAAUACAGAAACGUAGACUGAGCAUGAAUCCAGAGCAAGCAGAGCGUUUCUGGCGAAAUGUAGUAUGCAUAGUGGAGAAAGACGUUGUUCGCACGGAUAGGGCUAAUCCGUAUUACGCCGGUGAGGGUAAUCCCAACGUCGAAAUAAUGAAGAAUAUUUUACUUAAUUACGCAGUAUACAAUUGCCGCUUGGGUUACACUCAAGGAAUGUCUGAUCUCUUAGCUCCGUUACUAGCCGAACUCAACUCUGAAAUCGAGGCCUUCUGGUGUUUCGCGGGUUUGAUGCAAAGAUCGGUAGCCGUGUGCACUCCGACGGAUACAGAUAUGGAUAGAAAUCUGUGUUAUCUUCGAGAAUUAGUAAGAAUCAUGGUACCAGAUUUUUAUACGCAUCUUCAAAGACACGCGGAUGCUUUAGAGCUUCUUUUUUGUCAUCGAUGGAUACUCUUAUGCUUGAAAAGAGAAUUCCCAACCGAAAUAGCAUUGGUCAUGUGGGAAGCCUGUUGGGUCAAUUAUUUAACAGAUCAUUUUCACUUAUUUCUUUGCCUCGCUAUAAUGUGCGUUUAUGCGGACGACGUGAUCGCCCAAGAUCUUCGAACGGACGAAAUGUUGCUGCAUUUCAGUUCAUUGGCCAUGUACAUGGAUGGGAACAUUAUACUUAGAAAGGCACGAGGCUUACUUCAUCAUUUCCGUCAACUCGUACGCUUACCUUGCACAUUAGCCGGACUAUGUCGACAAUGUGGUCCAGGAAUGUGGGAUAGUGCACAUGAUCCGGUAAUAGAGUGUGUAGGUCACGAGGAUACGCACUGUCCCUAUUUAAAUAAUUACGAGUAACUGUCUAAUUUAUAGAAGAAGAAGAAGAAGAAGAAGAAGAGAGCUCAUCAGUAUUACUUGACGUACAGAUUAACUCGUUUCGUCAAAUUAUUAGAUAAUUAUUAAAGUCCUUGUUCUCUGCACGGAUUUUUCUUUAUAACAAACUCUGAUUAGUAGUCUAUAAAGAGUCUCUUGUAAACAUUAAUAUUUACAAAAUGUAACGAAUCUAGCCAUUAUGCUCUCUGGAUCUACAGAUAUGCGAACAAAUUCUAUUGUCAUACGCGACGAUAUGUGAUAUACAUCUUUGUUUUUGUUCAAACUAUUUUCGAGUAUUUUUUGAGGUAAUCAAGGAUAAAAAGAGUAAGGCAAGAAUGUGUAGCCUGUAUUAAUUACUUAACAAUAUUAAUUUCUACGUUAUAUGUAACGCACGCAUGUUGAUAUCUCGAUUUAAAUCAAUCGAUUUAAAUCAACCGAAACACGAAGACACAUAUCUCAAAAUACAAUUCCAAAUCAAGUUGAUUAUCGAGUAAAAUAAUAAGUUUACAAGACUUUGACACCAUUGUAUAUCAAUAGAUAAAUAUGGGUGUAUUUUCGUUAUCCAACCAGAAACAAUCGCGCCUAAAACUAUCUUCAUUUUUUGAUCUCUAAAAACGAAGAUAGUCUUAGGCUGUACUCGUUUCUGGUUGAAUAAUGAAAAUACGUUUUAUGUGCAGUAUUCGUAACGUUCAAGACUGACGAAUGAAAAGAAGGGAUAACUAGUACAAAUUAAUUUCCGAAUGUACGCAGCUGGGAGAAAUCCAUCUAUUCUCACUAAAUAUCCCAAUUUAAUUUAAUCUAGGGAAGCUCGUCCGUUGGGAACCAAAAGGAGAAAUCAAAUAGUCUACAUACAUGUACACGAAAGUGCUAUUUAUUGUAAAUAUGUACCCGAAUCGUGCAGGGUAUACAUUACCCACAAUAUAGCAUAUAUGUUCACUCCAAAGUGUUCACUUGCGUUCGUAUACAUACGACACAUUCUCGUACACAUAUGUGUAAUUUUACAUACGUAAAAAAACAGCGUAAUACUUUUUUUUUUCUUUCUUGGUUUGAGAUGCAACGUGACAAAUUUUCGCUUAUUGAAAAUGAUCAAACGUAAUCUUUCGCUAAGCGCACAGGUUGCACCUAUAAUCAUUGUUACCCUUUGGAAUUUACUCGAAAACAAAUACAAAAUUAUUGUGAUAAGCUAAUUUCACCGAACAAUUCUAAUUUCUCUUAAUAGAUUACCAAUUUG